CUUGCAGCUGGGGGAAUCCGCUCGGCGGGGAGAAUCCGCGCCAGGGAAUCCAGCUCUCCGGCCUCGGCUGCAAACAAAAAGCUCCAGGUCUUGUUCCCUCCUCCCAUCCCCCGACGAGCACCCGGAGAAACAGUUUUCUGCAGAAAUGCAACAAGUAGCAACUCGGGCUUGCAGAGCGCCUUGCGCUGCCUGACUUGGCCAGGCGAAGCACGCCUGCAGAGACCAGGGCCAGCCACCGGACAAAGGGCGGAGGAGGGGCUGGACGGCGCAGCGAAGUUCGAAAGAGGCCAUUUAGCUACUCUGUCCAGGCCAAAGGGAAUGCAGAGGAGACACAGAGCCGGCGGGCCAAGAGGACGAUCCGGCCGCAGCACGCAAGGCAAGCGGCGAUGGAGGCUGCCCGCGCCGUCCGCUUCCUGCUCGUGGUGUGCUGCUGUCUCGCGUUCCUGCCGCGGGCCCAGCCCGUGUGCCCAGAGCGCUGCGACUGCCAGCACCCCCAGCACCUCCUGUGCACCAACCGCGGUCUCCGCGCCGUGCCCAAGACCAGCUUGUUGCCGAGCCCCCAGGACGUGCUCACCUACAGCCUCGGAGGCAACUUCAUAACCAACAUCACGGCCUUCGAUUUCCAUCGCCUGGGUCAGCUCAGACGGCUGGACUUGCAGUACAACCAGAUCCGUUCUCUGCACCCUAAGACCUUCGAGAAGCUCUCGCGGCUGGAGGAGCUCUAUCUGGGGAACAACCUCCUGGAGGCACUCUCCCCGGGCACGCUGGCCCCUCUGCGAAAACUGCGCAUCCUCUACGCCAAUGGGAACGAGAUUGGCCGCCUGAGCCGCGGUUCCUUUGAGGGCCUGGAGAGUCUGGUCAAACUGCGGCUGGACGGGAACGCCCUGGGGGCGCUGCCGGACGCGGUCUUCGCCCCCUUGGGCAACCUGCUUUACCUCCAUCUGGAGUCCAACCGCAUCCGCUUUCUGGGCAAGAAUGCCUUCGCCCAGCUGGGCAAGCUGCGCUUCCUUAACCUCUCUGCCAACGAGCUGCAGCCCUCCCUGCGCCACGCGGCCACCUUCGCACCGCUGCGCUCCCUUUCCACCCUCAUCCUCUCUGCCAACAGCCUGCAGCACCUGGGGCCGCGCGUCUUCCAGCACCUGCCACGCCUCGGCCUGCUUUCACUCAGGGGCAACCAGCUCACGCACCUAGCACCGGACGCCUUUUGGGGACUGGAGGCCCUGCGUGAGCUGCGUCUGGAGGGCAACCAGUUGAGCCAGCUGCCGGUGGCGCUGCUGGAGCCUCUGCACAGCCUAGAGGCGCUGGACCUGAGCGGCAACGAGCUGUCCGCCCUGCACCCAGCCACGUUUGGCCACCUGGGUCGGCUGCGCGAGCUCAGCCUGCGCGACAACGCUCUGAGCGUCCUCUCUGGGGACAUCUUCUCCGCCAGCCCGGCCCUCUACCGGCUGGAUCUAGACGGCAACGGCUGGACCUGCGACUGCAGGCUGCGAGGCCUGAAGCGCUGGAUGGGCGACUGGCACUCGCAGGGCCGGCUUCUCACGGUCUUCGUGCAGUGUCGCCACCCCCCGGGCAAGUACCUGGAUUCCCUGGAUGACCAGCAGCUACAGAACGGGUCUUGUUCCGAUGUUUUGCCCUCAGCUUACCCGACCGCCGACGUAAGGCUGUGGCCGCUACCCACCUCCACCGGGGAGAGAAUGACGCCCCCUGCAGGUGGUCUCGCGGAGGAACUGCCGCCACAGCCACAGCCCCAGCAGCGGGGGCGAUUUCUAACUGGACUGACCUGGGAUGGGGCAGCCAGGGAGCUCGUGGGCAACCGCAGCGCUUUAAGGCUGAGUCGACGGGGCCCAGGCCUCCAGCAACCCAGCCCCUCUGUCGCUGCUGCCUUGGGCUUGGCUCCACAUCCUAUGGACCUGCAAGGGAAGUCUGAAAGAGGUCGUCCGACCUGGGCCAAUCCUGCCCACAUGGAGCCCACCCCGACAGCGACGCUGGGCUCGGAUCCGCAGCCACUGGGCGACCCCUGGCAGCGUGCAGCAAGGCAGGGGCUGGCCGCCGAGCAGCAGGAGCGCGCCGCCCAGUCUGACGGCGGGGUCAGCUUGGCGCCGCUGGUGUCAGACCCCUGCGACUUCAACAAAUUCAUCUUGUGCAACCUGACGGUGGAAGCUGUGGGCUCCGACAGCGCCUCGGUGCGCUGGGCGGUGCGUGAGCACCGCAGCCCCAGGCCGCUGGGAGGCGCGCGCUUCCGCCUGCUCUUUGACCGCUUUGGCCAGCAGCCCAAGUUCCACCGCUUCGUCUAUUUGCCGGAGCGCAGCGAAUCAGCCACACUGCGAGAGUUGCGCGGGGACACCCCCUACCUGGUGUGCGUGGAGAGCGUGCUCGGGGGCCGGGUCUGCCCCGUGGCCCCCCGGGACCACUGCGCAGGGCUGGUCACUCUGCCCGAGACUGGGAACCGGGACGGCGUCGACUAUCAGCUGCUGACCUUGGCCUUGCUGGCGGUCAAUGCGCUGCUGGUGCUCCUGGCCUUGGCUGCUUGGGCGUCGCGCUGGCUGCGGAGGAAGCUGCGGGCCAGGAGGAAGGGCGGGGCUCCUGUCCAUGUCCGCCACAUGUACUCCACCCGACGGCCCCUGCGCUCCAUGGGCACCGGUGUGUCCGCUGACUUCUCGGGGUUCCAGUCUCACCGGCCGCGCACCACCGUGUGCGCGCUUAGCGAGGCCGACCUCAUUGAGUUCCCCUGCGACCGCUUCAUGGACAGCGCGGGUGGCGGUGCAGGGGGCAGCUUGAGACGGGAGGACCAUCUCCUGCAGCGAUUUGCUGACUAGGUUCAGGACCUCCAGGCGUGUGGAAGGCAUGUCAUUGGUCUUGAGGAGUCACCUCUUCGUGGGGUCCCUCCAGGGAAGGCCCUAACUUGUCAGACCGCCUUUCCCCAUUUUGUGCACUUGCCAGUGAGGGCAAAGGGGACAGACGACCAAUUCGGGCAUCAUUCUCCAAUUUCCAGUACUCAAGGAGUAAAUAGAUGGGUCCUUGGCGGUCAGGGCCAAGUAGGGGAAAAAUGGAUGGAGAGUUGAAAAGGUUUCUGAAUGCAGAGUCCUUGCCACAGCUAUGGAAAUGGCGUUUGUAGCACUGCGGUGCCAUGGUCUGGGCUCUUUGUGUUAGGAAAGGGUGUUUAUACCCGCAGCAAGGCCAGCAAGAGACUUGGUGCGUGCUUUUUGUUUGCUCAGUGUCAAAAGAGAAGUUUUGUUUCUAUUUAAGGAAUAAGGAACUUACUACCAUUACAAAGAAAGAUUGGCAACUCACUCCAUGGGCUGUUGGUUCUGGCAAGAAUGAUGUCAACAGGUGGUAAACUUUACCACACUCACCAAGCAAGUUGUUAAUGUUGGCUGAUUGAGCAUUCAGGUUACCUUCGCAUUUAAAUAUUAGAAGACAGUUUUUUUUUUUUUUCAACAAUGUGAAGAGCUCAGACAUUUAACAAACUGACAAACUCAAGGACUAUUUUAGUUAGACUGAACUAAUUAGUUUAACUAUUUUGCUUUUAACCUUAACAGGACAAGAAUGUUUGCUGACGUUGAGAAUAACUAAGAUGACAUACUUUCUCAGGAGAAGGCUGCAUGCAAGACUUCUCUGUCAGGGUUGCUCCUGUGGCUAAUUUUUAAUUUUAUUAUUUUUUAAAAACCUAUAAAUGGAAAAGGAAAUUUCAGUGCCACAUUUGAUAAAAGAAUGUAAUGUAUAUGUAACCGAUGAACCCCUAGGGAACUCCAGGGUUCCAGUUCACUGACCACAUCUUUGACAGUGUCAAGAUUGGAAUAAAUGCAUUGUGGUACUUCUCACAUUUUCAUCACUGACACAAUUGACCAUACUCUAAUUGUGUUGCACAGUUAGGCCAUAAAGGUAAUUUCCUAACAGGGAAGCAGAAGGUGAUUGUCAAUUGAUAGUGAAGUGUUGAUCACAUUAACGUCUUUCUUUAUAUGAAACAGUGAAAGGGAAGAAAUUAGGGAAAACAAAUGUGAAAAAAGUACAUCAGUGGGUGUCUUUCUACUAAAACCAGAAGAUUGUUGAGUACUUAAACCUCACUGUGAAAUAAUUAUUUUGCAAAUUAAUCCUCCCACUACCCAGUGUUUUAC